AUGAGUUACCUGAUUGGAGGUGGCAACUAUUACACCAGUCACUCAUUCAAGUUGAUCAAGUGGCGUGUCUUAGACACUUUUGUUCAAACAUUUUUUGAACCUCAAUUGGCGUGUGAUGAUGACCUAGAUGAGCAAAGUAUCGAUGAUGAUGGUGAUGAUAUUGUGGAGGACGAGUGGGGGUACCUUAACGGCUCUGGCAUGGAAAACUACAGUGAUGGUCAUAAUAUCUCGGAUGGAACACAAGAGCUCAAUCUGUUGAUUGGAGAUGGUGCUCCAACAAUGUCAAAUAACAUACUUGACUAUACAUUACGGCCAUCUGUCAAUGUUUUUCAGUGCAUGUCUCUCUGGGAAUUCAACCAAUGGACAGCCAAGAUAACAAAAGCCAGCGAUAAUCUCCUUGUCACUGCCCUCGACACCAGCACUGCUGCAAACAUGCCUUUCAUGUGCUUCAGUAAGGAUGUGAAGUCGAAGAUUGGGAUUGAAGAUGACUUUGAGAGGAGGAGCAGAGUGACAACGCUUAAACAUGCUGUCUCCUUUCAAGAAGAAUUGAAGUGA